AUGGGGUUAGGGAGAGGGGUAAAUGUGAUGAGGGUGGUUGAGUGGGGUAGAUGGGGUUGGUGGGGUGGGAGGGAUUGGGGUGGAUGGGUGGAAUUGGAUGGUGUAGGGGGGGGGGGAUGUAUUAAGGUGGGGGGGGGUGGGGUUGUGGAUGUGGUUUGGAGGGAUGUGGGUUGGUGUUGUUUUUGGUGGGUUGAUGUUUAA